AUGCCCUCUGGCCCCAUGUCAACCAUGACCAGUGCAGCUACAGUAAUUCCCGCUCCUCCCGGUGUUUUUGCUACCUCAAUGCCUCCAGAUUCGCCUAGCUCAGCUAGUCCCUUACCAUCAACAGAGGAUAGGGAUUCGGUUUCUUCCAAUGAAAGCCAUCGUAGACGCUCUAUGGUCAACGGUGGUAGGGACGACGAGAAAAGCCCCAUUCUCCCCAGUGGAUUAGCGGAUAGUUUUACAUCAGAGCACAGGAAUCGUGCCGCUUCCCCAGUUUCUGAUAGAGUAAAUGCACCCGCACCCAAGCCUCCGGAUUAUGUUGAUGACCGGUCGUUACAUAAAAGGGAUGCUUCGACAUCUACAGUGGAUUGUGGUACCAUAACGGAGCCGGAUUUAUUGGGCCCAUGUGAGCCUGGCUCUAAGAUAGUUCUUGAAGGAGUUGUUUGGCUUGAGACUCCGGGCAUGAUGGUUAUUAACGCGCACUGGCGUGGAAGGGCCUACCUUGGGACUCUUCUGGACGCGUCUAGAAAUACCCUUGGUCCGUCCUGCCCAGACAAGAUGAUUUCGUCAUUGAGUAUGGUCAGGAGUAGGCCCCACUGGGGAGGGUCUGCUUCUUCAUUAUCCUCUUCCAAUCCAUACCGCAACUCUGUCAACUGUUCCGCAUCCUCAAGCACAGGCAUCCCUUCAGCAACAUCGGGAACCAUUAAAACCCGCUCGGCGAUUGCAGCCGCAGAGGAUCCUGCCUCUCAGCGUCGUCGAGCGCUACAAGUAAGUGUUUCCGGCGGUCGCGGUCGAAAGCGGAGGCGCGGCGGUAUGGCUCCUUCAUCUUCCACCACAUCCUUAUCGACCAAUAGCGCAGACCCCACUAGUACGCAUCUAGAUGAACAAGACGAUGAAGCCACUACAAGUACUGUUCCCUCUGACACCCCUUCAGCACCAGAAUUCGCUUGUCCGCAGCCUGGUUGUGAGAAGCGCUUUUCUGACAUCCUUGGUGUCCGCUUCCAUCUAGACAUGAGUCAUGGACAGCAGCAAAAGCAGGAGCCAAAAUCAUCAGGAGAGUCAGUAGAAAUUGAGGUUGAUAAUAUUUAUUCACAGACAUCGGAACCCCCAGAGCCACCUCAACUUGCUAAGUUCAAAUCUAGUUGUGGAAGCAGCUUCUCUCUAGAAGUACUAGAUGAGGAUCCCCCGCCCCCACAAUUGGAUCGUGGUCCAUCUGCAGACGAGAUGGAACCCUCCGUCGUACCGAUGUGCGAGCCUCCUGCUGCUAGCCCCGCUUAUUCGGAUAUUUCGGAUGAUGGACCAGCACCACAGAAAGGAAGAGCAACUGGUGAUGGUAGUCAGCAGGGAUGGGGGCAAACGACAGCGUCGCAGUCUCAGCCCAUCGACUGGAGUGGGAGGCGCGGAGGCGUCCCCACGGGGAAUUCACCCUAUGAUUUUGCAACCCCACCGCAACAAACCACGUCAAAUGGUCUCCCCUUGUCUUCAUUUGGCACAGGCGGCGCGGGUGGAGGAAGUCCCUAUCAUCAUCACCAUCAUCAUCACAGACCUCCGUUACAUGUCCGCUCGUCGGCCCCCACACCAAGUGAAAAACUGCUUCAGGCUCAUCUGGUCAAUCUAAUGACUGCAGGGGCUAGUUCGACCGGUCAGUUUUAA